GUAAAAGUAAACUUACCACACUUGCAUAAAUGUGAGAUAAAUGAAAUCAUCGUGUUAUUUAUACUAUUUUUUAUUAAAGAUUUAAACCAUGUAUUCUUUACUCAUAUUUUAUAUUAUUUUUCUACACUUUGAAGUAUUAAAGACAGAAAACCAAAACAUCACAAUUGGAACUACGAAUAUAUCUGUUAUUGAAACGCAAAUAAAUGUAAAUGAGACUGAGGAAGAGGAACUGAAUUUAGAUGAUGAAAUCUUCACUCGCCGCAUUCAAAACGGAAUUGCGGCACUUUCGAGAACUGUGCCUUUUUUCGUGUCCUUCAAGCAGGGGUCGUGGAACGAGGGCGUAUUCACCGGCGACUCGAUCUGCGGGGGCUCGCUCGUGGCACGAAACAAGAUCUUGAGCUCCGCGUAUUGCUUCACCAUAGUUAAUAAGCAUUGGGGAAUGGCCAAGUAUUCUCUUAGGGAUACAAGCAAUAUGUUUGCUGUUAUGGGCUUGUUAACUAAUACAGGCACCUACACAAAUAAAACCAAGAACAAAGGACAAUGGCGAAAGAUUAAGACUGUCAGAUACCAUAGGAAAUACAGACCUCCACUCUACGACAUUGCUAUUGUGUUUACAGAGAAAUCGUUUGUUUUAAAGAAAAACGUGCAAAUGGUCAAAUAUCAAACGUCCUACCAGAACUACAAAGGCCAUUGUGCUGUAGCCGGGUUUGGAAGAACUGAAAACGAUAAACCAUCACCACAUCUGCUGGUGGGGAUGGUGACGCUCAUCCCCAUCAAGCAGUGCUGGAGGAUAACUGGCAGGAAGCGGAAGAACCAGAAGACCAAGAGUAUCAUAUGUGGCCGCAGAAAUAAUAAUACUGCUACUGGAUACGGUGAUGCUGGAGGUCCAUUAUAUUGCGGAUCCGGUAAAACCUUAAAAAAAAACAAAACUUCAAUUGGGUAUUUAAUAGGAAUAGUGUCGGGGUCUGGUGAAGAAAGAAAUCAAGGAGUCAUAUAUUUCACCAGGGUCUCAGCAUUCAAGAGAUUUAUUCGUAGAAAUGACGCUACGCAAUUGGCGGAAUAUUCGUUUUAUUCAUUUCAUAAUAAUUUUAUGAUCUGUUACUAUUUGGCACUAAUUAUGUCUUUACAUUAAAAUUUUCAUGAAAUUUUAUUAUGUAUUUUAGGAUCAAAAUAUUUAAUAUAAUUUAAUAUUCAUAAACAUA